AUGGCACCGAAGAACAUCCCUACCGCUGAAGAGCAGCUUAUUGCGGAGCCAGAAGGCGGGGCACCAAGCUCCCCGCCAGAUCUCCGAUUCCUGCAUUACAACGAUGUUUACCAUAUCGAAGCUGGAAGUCAAGAGCCAGUCGGUGGUUACCCACGAUUUCAAACCUUGAUCAACUAUUAUAAAGGCGAUGUGCGGUUUGAAGGGCAACCAAAAGCCCUGACGUUCUUCUCAGGAGAUGCAUUCAAUCCAAGCAUCGAGAGCAGUAUAACGAAAGGCAACCACAUGGUGCCUGUGCUCAACACGAUAGGCACUGAUGUAUCUUGCGUGGGGAACCACGACCUGGACUUCGGUGUAAAGCAGUACCGAUACCUGACCUCCAAAUGCAAGUUUCCGUGGCUACUUGCAAACGUUUUGGAUCCCGCUCUCGGUGACAAUGUCUCGCUCGGUAACGCAAAGAAGACAGUAAUGCUCACAUCGUCCAAUGGCAUCAAGAUUGGUGUCAUUGGGUUGGCAGAGCGAGAGUGGCUCGACACAAUCAACGCACUGCCUCCGGAUAUCAUCUACAGGAGCGCAUCGGCAACUGCGAAGGAGCUUAUUCCGGAUCUGAGGAAGCAGGGUGCUGAGAUCAUUGUGUGUGUCGCCCAUCAGCGGGAGCCUAACGACAACAAGCUCGCCGAAAACUGUGGUAGUGAGUACAUCGACCUUAUCCUGGGUGGCCACGACCAUUACUAUUCAUACAGCCUAAUCAAUGGUACCCAUGUCCUCCGAUCGGGAACGGACUUUAAGCAGCUCUCCCACAUCGAUCUCUGGCGCAAACCCGAUGGUAAAGGUUGGGACAUGAAGAUUAUACGACGCGAUGUGGUGAGCAGUAUCAAGGAAGACGCUGAGGCUCUCAAGCUGGUCGAAGAGCAAACCCGCGACAUCAAGAAGCGACUGGACAAGCCUGUCGGGUACACGGCUGCACCGCUAGAUGCCCGCUUCACAACUGUUCGAACGAAAGAGUCCAACAUCGGCAACUUUGUGUGCGAUCUGAUGCGCUACUACUACUCAGCCGAGUGCUGUAUUAUGGCUGCUGGUACGAUCCGAGGUGAUCAGGUCUACCCGCCUGGUGUACUGAAGCUGCGAGAUCUGGUCAACUGCUUUCCUUUCGAAGACCCUGUAGUCGUCCUCAAUGUUACCGGGAAGCAGAUAGUUGAGGCUCUAGAGAACGGUGUCAGCAACUACCCGGCGCUGGAGGGCAGAUACCCACAGGUCUCGAAUAUCACGUUUGACGCCGAUUACUCCAAGGCACCAAUGUCGAGAGUGUCAAAUGUUACGAUUGCCGAAGAAGUUGUGGGUAAUGAGCGGGUAUACAGGCUUGCGACGCGUGGCUACAUGGGCCGCGGCAAGGAUGGGUACAAAUCUCUGCUCAUCGAAGAGGAAGGAGGUACCGCUGUAGAAGUUGUCAGUGAGGAGAACGGUGUGCUUAUCUCCACUAUCCUACGACAGUACUUCAUGUCGCUGAAGGUGCUCGGCAAGUGGAAGCGCUGGGGGAAGUCGAUGGACAAGAGGUUCUUGAACAUCCAGACAAAUCUCCAGGAGAACCAUAAGCACGGCUUCCAUGAGCCGUCACCGACAUCCCCAUUAGAAAAGAAGAAGCCGCAGUUGCCCGGCCUCGACCGAGUUGUCAAGCAAGCUCAGGAAGCAGCUGCCGGGAGCGAGUCCGAGGAUCCGGAUGCCGACGAGGAUGAGGACGAUGGCGCAGAGUACGACGGAAGAAUACCAAUCACAUUCAACCAGCAGGAGAUGGAUCUUCUGAGAAAAUCGCUGCGCAAGUGGAUGAGGCUGGCCAAGCUGCAGGACUCAGCGAAGCUUUGCGACGAGCUCGGCCAGGAAGAAAUCCAGGUCAACUGGACAAAGGCGAUUGCGCCGAGGUUAGAGGGCAGAAUCAACGAUAUUACGCCCGCAAAAGCGUAG